GAGACCGGCCCGCCGGCGACUUGCCCAGUUCCUCCGCCGCUCUCUGGGGCUGCCUCCACUCUCCACCCUCUUCCUUUCCCGGAUCGCUGCCUCCGGCUCCGCGCGCUUGGAGAACUUCGCCGCGCGCUCUUUCUCCUUCUGGUCUCCUUCCUUCCAUUUUAUUUUAUUUAUUUUUUUAAACCCCCGCUCUUCACUUUCUCUUUCUUCUCCGGACCUUCCAGCUCGCCUUCCUUCUCGUUCUCGCUUUCCCCACGCGUCGCUCGUGCUUUGUUUUCUUUUUUGUUUCUUCCACCCUCUUCCUUUCCUGGCUACCCCGGAGCGCCAGCAGGUGCCACCGCCCCAUAAUACCCCUACCGCCCCCCCCUCUUUCGCUCUGGCUGCCUGUUGGCUGCUCAAGAGGCAGGGAUGGGGGGCUGCCCAGGGGGUCUUCAGCCCCUGCCUCCCAACUCCGGCGGCCAAGCGCUCGUCCGUCCCCGGCUGCGCGCAAGAGAUGCAGAGCAAGGAAGACCCGGCGGAGACCACGGUGCUGCCCAUCCCUGGAGAGCCCGGCGACAACCUGCGGCGCCUCCGAGGCAGGAAAGUUUUGCUGGGGGAAGAGAAGAAGCUGGCCGGGUGGGCGCUGGGCAUAGCCCUGCUCGGCAUCAUCCUGAUGAUUUUGCACACCGAACUGGCUUGGUUUGGACGCUGUCAGUGGUUUGCAUACUCCUUCAUGGUGAAGUGCCUCAUCACCCUCUCCACAGCUGGGCUGCUGAUCACGAUCCUGGCUUUUCACAUCAAAGAGAUCCAGCUGUUCAUGAUGGACAACUCAUUGACUGACUGGCGGAUUGCUGUCAGUUGCCGGAAGCUGGCGUUUAUAAUGCUGGAGCUGCUGGUCUGCUCUCUCCACCCCUUGCCCACCGGAGACUUUGCCUGCUUGGAGCCCCAGCCCACACAGGCCUUCCUGUUCCUCUCCGAGGUCGACAUGCUGCUGUCGCUGCUUAUGUUCCUCCGCCUCUACCUGGUGACGCGGGCGGCGCUUCUGCAGAGCAGCGUUCUGGGAGACGCCUCGUACCGCAGCAUUGGGUCCCUCAACAAGAUCCACUUCCAGUACCCCUUCGUGCUACGGGUGAUGGUGAACAGCCAGCCGGGGAGGGUGCUGCUCAUCUUCACGAUGGGACUCUGGUUCAUUGCCUUCUGGGUGCUGUCUGUCUGCGAACGGGAGCAUAUGGAUAACGACUACCUGUAUAGCACUUUCUGGCUGAUCCCCAUCACUUUCCUAACCAUCGGCUACGGAGAUGUUGUUCCAGUGACUGUGUGCGGAAAAGUCGUGUGCGUGUUCACCGGUGUUAUGGGAGUGGGCUGCACAGCCCUCUUGGUGGCUGUUGCUGCUGAUAAGCUGGAAUUCAGCAGGGCUGAAAAACACGUACAUAACUUCAUGAUGGACAUUCAAUGUGCCAAAGAGAUGAAGUGGUCGGCCGCCAACGUGCUGCAGGAGGCUUGGAUGCUGCACAAACACACCAAGAGGAAGGAUGGCCUAAGGACACGCAAACAUCACCGAAGGCUGCUGGCAGCUAUCCAUAUGUUCCGACACGUGAGGAUGAAGCACAGGAAGAUCCGAGAUCAAGUGAAUGCCAUGAUGGAUGUCUCUAAGAUGCAGAUGAUCAUGUGCGACCUCAGUUCCAGUCUCAGCAGCUCGCACCGGGAGCUGGAGAGGCGGAUCGAGUCCCUGGACAGGAAACUGGACGAGAUGACGAGGCUUCUCUCGGGACUCGUGGACUCCAAGCAGCGGCAGGAACAGCGGGCACUGUAAACGCCAACUGCAGUUUGGUGGCUAAAGAGAUGGUUUUGAUCAUCCCGCUGAAGCCUCCAUAGACAGAACUUUUAAACGCCUCCUGCCUUUCUUAAUGGGCAUCAGGCAGUGUGUCGGGAACACACGGGACUACACCGCCACCUUGUGGUGGAGGAGAACCACUACAGGCAUUUUGAAAAGCCGACCCAUCACAUCACCAGACAAAAGAAAAGGUGCGAGGAGCAGCUUUCGGAACUUUGCUCUCUGCAGAAAAGACUUCUCAAACCUCUGAAUGGAUUUUGCAAAGGUGGUUGUGUCUUGCAAGAGGGACUCUGGAUGCAAAAUCAAAAGACAGGACAUCCACUCCUCUAGCAGGCUUCUGAGCUGUGGGGUGGGGGUGGGGAAAUAAACCAAGAAGACAGGAUACAGGAAUAAGCGUGCUAGAAAACUGUGCAAAGUCGUUGCCCUUUUUUGCUUUGGCAAGACAGUUUUUUCAUCCUGGGCAGGAAUGCAAUUUUCAGGAAGCAAUUGCUAACUGGCUGCACAGGAUCUCCUGAGAUGGGUGGGGUAGGACCCCACACCCUCAAAGUUCAGGCUUGCAUAUAAUGAUGAUUUUGGUCACCUAGAGAGUAACAGUUGCUGCAGGCGAGGAAGCUUGUGUGUGUCUGUACUGGGGGUAGGUUUAUCAUUUAAGGUGGUUGAUGCUACACCAGUGACUUAACCUAAGCUAGGGCUAAGCAGGCAGGCUUCUGACAGUGUGCAGAUACUUGCCAGCCUGCUCUUGACAUUUACUAUGCAUCUGGAACAAAUGUGCCUUAAGACAACACUGCAGAAAAACAACUGCUGGCAAGGAGACCCUGAUCAGGAGCUCCAGAGGCAAGCAAGAGCCAUCGUUUUAGAGCAUACCCUAAGGGUACCUUCAGUACGUUUAAAAAAAUUAUGUUAGGCACAGAGGGCAGAAAGAUGCCUUGUUUGUGCCAUGGACUCUGGAGGCAGGCAAAGUAGAUGAAAGGUUGGAUGGAUGCAGUAGUCCAACUUGAGACGAAGAGUGAAGUUCUCAAAGGGCUGCUUAGGCUAGCUGUUCAGUGAGAGCUUGUAGGAGUCUCCCAAGUGUGGGGAAGCCUCAGUAAUCAGCCGCUAAACAUCCUUUGUCUGGCCAGAGGGGAAACUUUGGAAGUCAACAUCUAGUGGGGUAAGAGCUGCUUAGCUCUCGGUCUUCAGGUCAACAUUGAAAUGCAGAGAGACAGGCUUUCUUUUUCCAAGGUGUGCGGACAGGAGAAUCACAAUUUGCACUCAGGUCCUGGUUUCAGGCUUCCCACAGGUAUCUGGCUGGUCACCAGGAGAACAGGAUGCUUGUCUAGAUGGGCUUUAUCCACAGCAGGCUUUUCUUAUGUUCUUAGGGGAUCAGCUUUUAGAAGCCAUACUUUUGUGGAGAGCCGACUGCCAUCGUUUCCUUCCUUUCUGCAAAAGUUUGUGAAGCACAUAAAACUGGAGGUACAGAUUCCUACCUCUCCCCUAAGGCAAGAACUUCCUAUUUGGAUUGCUUUUGGUCUCUCAGGUGAGAGAUAACGGAAGCCGGCGGUGUAUGUAAAGGCGGCACUCUCCUUUAUAGUAUUUUCUUCUCUCCUUUUUUCUUUAGAGGGGAGGAAGGAAUAGACGAAGUGACAUUGCCCUGUCUGUGGUUUCUAUCGCCUCUCGUGAGAACCUGCUGCUUGGUCUGAAUGCUCACCUAGGGGGUGUCCAUAUUACUCCUUGCUUGUCAGUACAUUUGUCUGGCUCUCAUAGCGCAGACGUGCGAGGAUGUGAGACUGAAUUAUGGCAGCGAUUGUGGAGUGUGAUUGGAGGGCGUGCUAGAAUAGUAAAUUUGAGUGCAUUGGAGCAUUGAUGUGUGCUGACUAUGGAGGACGGGUGUGUGAGCGAAACUGAACUGCCUCUGAAUUUUUAGUUGUAGUUAAUUAAGUUGUGCAAAUUGCUGAAUAGGGAGCUGGGCAUUUAAUUGGAUUAAUUCAUUUAAUGGGAUGGGUGAUUGAUGUAUGGUGUUGGUGAAGAAUGAGUUGAUUUUCUUUUGCUUCAUUGCGAAUCAGAUUUGUUUUUU